AUGACUUAUGAUAAAACAAUGAGGUUUAAAGGAGAAAAAUGCUCCGGCGGAAAAAUGAGUAAGGACAGAAUUACUGUAAUGGUUGCGGCAAACAUGAGUGGAAGUGAAAAGCGAAAAUUGCUUGUUAUUGGAAAAUCGAAAAACCCUCGGUGUUUCAAGAAUGUGAAAAACUUGCCUGUUGUUUAUGAACAUAACAAAAAAUCGUGGAUGACCAGCGAUUUAUUCAUAAAAUUCCUUCAUGAUUGGGACAAGGAACUACAAAAAUCCUCAAGAAGAAUUUUAUUAGUGGUGGAUAACUGUCCUGCACAUCCAAGGGUUGAGGAUUUAAAAUCAAUUGAGUUGGGUUUCUUGCCUCCAAAUUGCACUUCAGUUCUACAACCAAUGGAUCAAGGUGUAAUCAAUUCACUGAAAACUCAUUACCGUAAAAUGCAACUGUUGGAAACUAUAAAAAAUAUAGAACUAGAAAAAGAAACUGCUAUAUCACUAUUAGACGCCGUUUUAAUGGUGUCUGCUGCCUGGGAAAAGGUAACAGCUAAAACAAUUCAAGGAUGUUUCCGCCAUGCGGGAUUUACUUCAACAAAUGAAAUGACAGAUGAAAAUGAUUCUGAUGAAGAAGAUAACAUUCCCUUGGCCCAACUUAAGCAACGUUGUAUUGAUACAAUAUUAUCAGAUAAUGAACUUUUGGAGCUAAUAAAUGUUGACACAGAAUUAGAAACCUGCGAAGACUUAAAUGAAGCUGAUAUUGUCAAGAAUAUUGAGAACAAUAGCGAGCCAGAAUAUGAAAACAACGAUGAAGAUGAUAAUUUUUUGUGUUCAGUGCCAUCAUGUGCCGAGGCUCUACAUGCAGUAUCGAUUUUGAAAAAAUUUGUUACUUAUGAAGGACUAAAUGACCAGAGAUUAUUGAACAGUAUUUCUAUGAUUGACCAAAGACUUGAACGUGUCUAUUAUGAGAAUUAUAGAUUUAAAAAACAAAGUAAAAUUACUCAUUUUUUUAAGCCUACUACUGUUUAAUUGUAUAUGUACAUAAAUAAGUUCGAUGUUGUAACAUGUACUUAUUUACAGUAUGAAUUUGAUGAUCUUAUCCAUGUACUCGCAUAUGUAUAUACCUAUUUGUAUUCGUUAUGUAUGCAGUUAUUACGAUCUCAAAAUAAAAUACAUAGAUAUCCUAUUUCUGAGUUCUUUAUAAAAUUUUUUGGAUAUAACGACCAUCGGAUAUAACGACUUAAUAUUCACGGUCCCCCCAAUGUCGUUAUAACCGGAUUUUACUGUAUAUA